AUGCCACCUAGCACCCCAACUUCUCCUCAUCCGACCACUCCACCGAUUCCCGGUUUUUACGGAUAUUAUUCCCAACCUCCAUUAUUUCCCCAAAACAUACCCCAAACCCAAAACACACCCGAACCCGAACCCGAAUCCGUACCCGAAACCCAAGCCGAACCCACUUUCUCAAAAGGUGUACGGUCGAGAAGGCGUCGUAAGAAGGGUGAGACCGAAACACAUACUCCUAAGAAGGUCGAAUUGUGGACGCCUAAGGAAGAAUUUGCUUUGGCACAAGCAUGGCUCGACGUAUCAAAAGAUGAGAUUGUUGGAAACGACCAAGAUGUAAAAGUAUUUUGGAGGCGAAUACGUGAGAAGUUUUUCGCCGCAAUGGAUCGUGGUGAAUAUUAUACGGCCGACUCUUUUUCAGGAAAGUGGACCGCUAUGUGGACCAAGAUUAGCAAUUUCAACAAUAUACAUAAUAUUCUCGUCAACAAUCAUAGAAAAAGAAGCGGUUCGAGCAACGUAGACGUUAUAACCCAAGCCCACAACGACUAUAGAUUGCAUCAUGGGCAUUCGUUUACGAUGCUAAAUUCGUGGGAGCUUCUUCGCAAAUCUCCCAAGUGGCAUCUUGUACCACCGUUUGACCCAACCUCCCAUAGGUCAAAACAGUCCAAAUCAACAUCCACUACCGAACCAUCCGAGUUUGAUGCUCGAACAACAAUUAAUCUAAACGAAGACUUCGACGAAUUUGAACAACCGCAAGAGCUGCCACGACCAAAGGGUAGGGAUAAAAGUAAGGCAGCGGCACAAGCACGAGACACGUCUUCUUCAACGGCAUCAGAUGACCCGUCAAGGUUGGACGAGUUCGACAACAGACUCAACAAAAUAAUCUCGAUGAAGGAAAGGAGCAAGAACUAA